CUUACAACACUGUAAAUAGCUCCUUAAAUCUCCACUAUCCAUUUCACAUCAUGAAGCUCUCAAUCACUGCCGCCCUUUCCAUGACCGUUGCCGCCUUGGUUAUGUCCACCGAAGCUGGCCCAAUCAAGAUGCCAAUCGCCGAGUCGGAUGGAGCAAAGAACUCCAUCUCCACCGACGGCACCCAUAUUAAAAUCCCUCCAGUCGCUGAGUCUGCUGAUAGCAUCCAUAUCAAGAUCCCUCCAAUUCCCAACUCUCAUAUCAAAAUUCCUCCUCAAAGCAUCACCGAGGCGGAUGGGCCAAAGGACCCCACUUUCACCGACGAUAUUCAUAUUAGAAUUCCCCCAAUCAAGCCUUAAAUGGAGUGAACAAGCAAGGAUACCACUCAUAGAAUGAAGUUAGCCUCAGGGAUAAUUCGAGUCGGCUAGUGGUUGAAAUCACGAACCUCUUACUCUCGAUACUAAAGAGAUGAGGCUAGGAAUAAUAAACAUUGUAAACAUAUACUAUUAUGAACUA